AGCUGACAUCACGGGGCCUGAGGCGGCGGCGGCGGCGCCCCCGGCCCAGCCCAGCCCCGCAGUCCCCUCGGCAGAGGCGCCGCUGUGGUGCCCGGCGGAGGAUGGUGCGCGGCGCGCCGGGGGCUCCCUGCUGCCAGAGUCGCAGCGCCGCGACGAAGCCGGCCGCGGCGGGCAGUCGACCCCCGCACCGGGCGCGGGGCGGGCGGCCGCGGUGAGGCGCGGAGGGCGGCGCGGGAGCCGGAGCCGGGCUGGGGCUGCAGCCGCAGCAGCCAUGGGGGCCCUAACGAGCCGGCAGCACGCGGGCGUGGAGGAGGUGGACAUCCCGUCCAAUUCCGUGUACCGCUACCCGCCCAAGUCCGGAAGCUAUUUUGCCAGCCACUUCAUUAUGGGAGGAGAGAAGUUUGACUCAACUCAUCCUGAAGGUUACCUGUUUGGAGAGAACAGUGAUCUGAAUUUUCUGGGGAACAGACCAGUUACGUUUCCUUACGCCGCCCCACCUCCCCAAGAACCCGUGAAGACACUGAGAAGCCUGGUCAAUAUCCGAAAGGACACACUGAGGCUCGUCAGAUGUGCUGAGGAAGUGAAGAGCCCUGGAGAAGAGGCCAGCAAAGCUAAAGUCCACUACAAUGUUGAGUUCACCUUUGACACGGAUGCUCGGGUAGCCAUCACCAUCUAUUAUCAGGCUAUGGAAGAGUUCCAGAACGGUAUUGCCAGCUACAUUCCCAAAGACAACAGCCUCCAGUCGGAGACUGUGCACUACAAGCGAGGAGUGUGUCAGCAGUUCUGCCUUCCCUCCCACACUGUGGAUCCCUCCGAGUGGGCCGAAGAGGAGCUUGGCUUUGAUCUGGACCGAGAGGUUUACCCUCUAGUGGUACAUGCCGUGAUAGAUGAAGGAGACGAGUAUUUUGGCCAUUGCCAUGUACUGCUGGGUACUUUUGAGAAGCACACAGAUGGAACUUUCUGUGUCAAACCCCUCAAACAGAAACAAGUAGUAGAUGGGGUCAGCUACCUCCUUCAGGAGAUCUAUGGAAUUGAAAACAAGUACAACACACAAGAUUCUAAAGUGGCUGAAGAUGAAGUGAGUGAUAACAGUGCCGAGUGUGUGGUGUGUCUCUCAGAUGUCCGGGACACCUUGAUUCUGCCCUGUCGCCACCUCUGCCUCUGUAACACCUGUGCAGACACCCUGCGCUACCAGGCCAACAACUGCCCCAUCUGCCGACUGCCCUUCCGGGCACUGCUUCAGAUCCGAGCCAUGAGGAAAAAAUUGGGCCCAUUGUCCCCAACCAGCUUUAACCCCAUCAUCUCAUCCCAGACAUCGGACUCUGAAGAGCAUUCAUCCUCAGAGAAUAUUCCACCAGGCUAUGAAGUAGUAUCUCUUCUAGAGGCCCUCAAUGGGCCCCUCACCCCAUCCCCAGCAGUUCCUCCACUUCACGUGCUUGGAGAUGGCCACCUCUCAGGAAUGCUCCCUUCAUAUGGCAGUGAUGGCCACCUGCCCCCCGUCAGGACGAUCUCCCCUCUUGACCGCCUGUCUGACUGUGGCAGCCAAGGAUUCAAACUCAAGAAGAGUCUCUCCAAAUCCAUUUCCCAAAAUUCUUCUGUGCUGCCUGAAGAGGAAGAUGAGCGUUCCUGCAGUGAGUCGGAGACACAGCUCUCUCAGAGACUGUCAGCUCAGCAUCUCGGAGAGACCUCCGCCCUGACCCCUUCCUCCAGCACAGGUGACUGGCGCUUGCUCCAUGUCUGUUGUGUCCCCCACACCCCCCAGGAAUGUGGUGUGACUCCAGAAAGUGAGAAUCUCACCUUGUCAUCAUCUGGAGCUAUUGACCAGUCGUCUUGCACAGGGACGCCUCUGUCGUCCACUAUUUCCUCCCCAGAAGGCCCUGCCAGCACCAGCAGCAGUCUGGCCCAGUCUGUCAUGUCCAUGGCAUCGUCCCAGAUCAGCACCGACACCGUCUCCUCCAUGUCUGGCUCCUACAUCGCCCCUGGCACUGAAGAGGAGGGAGAGGCUCUCCCUUCCCCCCGGGCUGCCAGCAGGGCCCCUUCAGAAGAAGGAGAGGGGCUGCCAGCGGAGUCUCCAGACAGCAACUUCGCUGGCCUCCCAGCUGGAGAGCAGGAUGCAGAGGGAAAUGAUGUUAUAGAGGAAGAGGAUGGAUCACCCACACAGGAAGAUGGCCAGAGGACAUGCGCAUUUCUAGGUAUGGAGUGUGACAAUAACAAUGACUUUGACAUCUCAAGCGUGAAAGCACUGGACAAUAAGCUGUGCUCUGAGGUCUGCUUACCUGGUACCUGGCAGGCUGAUGACAAUGCCGUCAGUCGAUGUAACGCCCAGCGCCGACGCUUGUCAUCCAGCAGCCUGGAGGACUCUGAGACGAGGCCUUGUGUGUGGGGCCCUUUGGCUGUCUGAGCCCCAGCCCCUGCACUUGGGCUCCCCUCCUGCCCCUGCAUUCCAUCCAUCUUCACUUGGCUGCUGCCUCCUGGGCAUCCUUAGCAAGAGGCUGGACUUUUCACCCUCCUGUGACAGCUCAUACAACCUGUAACCACAAUCCCUCACCUCUAAGAGGAGACUGGAGCCCUCCUUUCUCCCUGUGGCCUAAAGCCUCUCAAUGAACUGCAGCUCAUGAGACUCUUUGCAGGGACUCUGGAAUGUCCCCAUGGUAUCUUGAUGUUCAGAUGGAGCUGGGGUCCAUGGGCUAGUUGUUUCUUAUGCAUCUUUUUUCUCCUUAGGGAGUAGAACAAGAAGGCUUAGAGUUUUGGCAGCUUUGUUGUAAACAUCCCUCUGGCAUUUCCUGGUCUCUGGCACACCAUAAACAAUUGAAAACCUGAAGUCUGGGGUGGGGCUGGAGGAUGGCUCCUGUGGAAAGGAAAGCCAUGCUGCACACAUGUGGCCUUUCCCUCCACAGGCACUAGGAGUGCCUUUCUCGAGGACAAGAAAUGGUAGCAGCCAAAAGGUGGCUGAAAGAAACAAUCCUUCCUUCUGGGAGCAGAGCCAGUCUUCUGGGCCUGCUUACAAAGGAGCCCUUGAAUCUGCGAAUCCCCCUGUUAAGAUGAUUUCCCUUAAGGAGCAUUUCUCCUGAUCAGGUGCAUUCAGGGAGGCCUAGUACUCCAUCCUAAAGUGACAUUUUAAGAAACAUGUGUUUGACCUCUCUAUGUACCAACUACUGGGUGAGGAGUGGUCACAUACUAUGUCGUAAUUCAUCCUCACUCACCCAGGAGGUGGCAUUCUUGUCCCUGUUGCUCCCAUCUAUAUCCCUUUUGUUAAUGGUGGAAGAGAAAUGUGGACCAGUGAUUCUCAACUGCCCAGGUCCCCAUAGGAGGUGGUGGAGAGGCUUGAGCAAAGUUCAGGCAGCAGCAUGCAGCCAGCAGCAGUGAGCCAGGAGCAGAGGCUGGAGUCAGGGCUCAGGGCCUUCACCUCAGGGGCCCCAUCCAUCCUCCACGUGUUCCUCCCUUGCCUUCCAGAGCUGCUGAGCCUAAUUAGUAAAAGGGGAGAUGGGGCCAGUCACAUGCUGAUUGGCAGUUCAGAGAUGGUGUUCUGUUCAUGUGCCCUCCCCACCCCAGCCCAGCGCAAGGGCACAAAUACAAGAACCAAAACAGCACGUCUGGACUAUGAGGUGGUGGCUGCCCCCUUCCUCAGCACUUGUGUCUCGGUGAAUUCCAUGUGGCUCUUACUGGCCUUUGGAAAGUUGGUUCUUUAGUAGGGCAUGAGUAUUUGGAAAGCAAACUUAGAAACAACUAUUAUUUGUGAGGUUGAGAUGUGGGAGAGCCUUAUAGGCUAUGCCCAUUGUGGUGGACUUGUCUUAGGGUUUGGAAUUGUUACCCUAAAAAAGCUUUUCAAGGCUGUUUCCAAGGCCUGAUAGCCUCAAAAAGAGCCUGGUGCCCAGGCGGUCCUGUGCUCCUGUGUGGCCGCAGAGGCCAGGAGUGUGGUGACACUGCCUAGUGGUUGUGGCUCACAUCCUGCCCUGAUGAAGGGAAGCCUGUUGUCCACCCUCUGAAAUACUGCAGUAGACUCUGCCAUUUCAGGCCCCACCUAAUGUCCUUUCCUUCCCCCAACAUUCUUCCAGCCCCUUUCAUAUUUAAGAUGCAUAAGCUGAGCAACAACCCCACUUCCUGAUUUCCCUGAAACGUGAGCUCAGAAGCAGCAGGGACAGUGGUGGCACACAGACCACCUCCUGUCCUGUCCCCCGCAGGUGGUAUUCACAGUGUGGUGUUACCUGGGAGGAGGGAGGAAGGAGCUGAGAUGAAGGAGAUUCAGGUAAACAGUAGCUGAAGUGGCCAAGACCCCCUUCCUGGAGGUGUCCUUCCUCGAAGCAAGUGCUCAGUCCUCUCCUAGGGAGAGGCACAGAAAGAUUCCUCAAGGCCUCAGUUCCACAUCCACAGCAUACCUAGGUUAGAAAUGUCCUUUAACUUGUUUCUCAGUUCCAAUUUCUCCUCUUCCUCCCUCCCCCACCUUCUCUUGGCUGUCAUUUAGCUCUCUGGCCGGCAGAAAUACACUAUCCAAGGAGUUAGUCCUCAGUCAGCCUGAUUAGGACAGGUCAGUGGUCAACCCUUUUGCCCCAGUUCUUCAUCUGGAGACAGUCACAUAGUCACAUCCACAGUUCGCCCAAAGAGAAGAGGUGGGGCCUGGCUUCUCCCACAGGGCACAGCCUAACUCUGGAGACCCAGGGCUCCUUCCUGCUGCACUAGGCCUGUGCUCUCCCUAUGGCCUUCAGGUGGUGUGAUCCCAGCUUCCUCACGGAGCCGCGUUCUGCCCAGUUCCAUCCCACCAGUUUCCACCCUCACUGAGGCAUCUCUUGGACACAGACCCCCACACUCAUGCGUCUCACCUGGGGAGUUAGGAUCCUGCCCACCUGGGGUUGGCACGCUGGUUGCUCACUUUGCUUUGGUCUGAACACCUGGUGUGCGCAUGUGUAUACUGCUUGAGCCAUCUGUGUACCCCUCUCCCUGGGGUACACUUGUGGGCACACUACAGUGGGGACAGCAAGAAUGCAAUAUAUUAUGGAUUGCUGCAUGAUUCUUAAAAAUGAAUAAAACUGUUUACAAGGGAAGGAGAGCUAACUAACUACAAAGUGA